AUGCCUGGAAGACAAUCGCAUGGCAGGUCGCUAUUGAAGCAGCCCAAGAUUAGGACAAAGUCUAAGAAGAAGUCGGUCGAUGCAUUUUCUGCUGCGCAGCAACAAAUUGGGGAGCGUCACAAAGUCAGACAAAGUCGAUUGGGCCAUGCUGAAGGCGGGAACAGAUCUGGAAAACGAAACAGGGACGAGGAUGACGAAGAAGACGAUGAGGAUGAAGAGUCUAGUGCGAAGAAACAAAAAAAGGGACCAACGAAAGGUCGAUUCGAUGAGCUAGAUAUCGACGAGGGAAGCGACAGUGAAGGAAACGCAUGGAAAAUGGGAGUGGUGGACAGUGAUGACGAUAGCGAUAUUGACAGCGAUGAAGCCUUUGGAGAGAGUGAUGAGGAAAAAUUUGAAGGAUAUGCGUUUUCAGGGAGUUCGAGUAAUAAGAGUGCGAAGAAACAUAUUUCACGGAAUAAAGACCUAAAUCUGGAUGAGGACGAUGAUGGUGAAGACUCAGGGUCAGAAUUGGAGGAAGGUGACCUAGGAGAGGGUGCUGUUGAUCUUGCAGAUAUGCUAGAUGCUUCAUCAGACGAUGAUGACGAAGGUGAGGCUGAAGGCUCGAACGAAUAUGGUUUCGGCGAUGAGGAUGAAGAAAGCGACGAAGAGUCUUCUGCAUCCUCUGCCGACGAUGAAGACGAAGACGAUUCUACAGAUCCAUCGAAACUUGCGGCACUGCAAAAUCUGAUUGCAAACCUUCCGCAGAAUGAAAGUAAAGCCCUUGCAAAACAGCGGAGUGAUGGGGCAAGCGAAUAUGCUACUCCUUCGGACUUCGGACUCACAUCGAAGAACAAACUUACAUUAGAAGACCUUGGUCUACCUAAGAUCAGUGAUCAUCAAAUCAAAAAGUCUCUGAAGUUUUUGGAAACAGGCGAUGGAAAGAAAAAGGUUGCCGGCAAGCUAGAAGUGCCACUUGCAAGACGUCAACAAGACCGCCUCGAUCGCAGCGUAGCCUACGACAAAAGCAAAGAAACCUUGGAUAGAUGGACGGAUACCGUGAAGCAUAAUCGACGAGCAGAUCAUUUGGUUUUCCCUCUGGCGGAUCCAGAUGCAGAUUCUGCACGCGCAAACACUCGACUUCAAUCAACAAUACAGUCUAAACCAUUUAAUGAGCUUGAAGCCACGAUCCAGAGUAUUCUCGAGGAGAGUGGACUCGCAACUGCAGGUGGUAGAGAUGACGAGGAUAAGAUUCGAGAAUUUGAGGAAUUAGAAAUGAACAAACUGUCGAUGGAGGAAGUGAAAGCUCGUAGAGAUCAGUUAAGAAUGGCGCGAGAGCUGCUUUACCGAGAAGAGCUCAAGGCGAAGCGAGUAAAGAAAAUUAAGAGCAAGUCGUAUCGCAAAGUCCAUCGAAAACAGCGUGAAAAAGAAGAGGCGAAAAAUAGAGCAGCUCUCGAGGAGGGAGGUUUCGUUCCCUCUGAGGAUGAGCUAGAGGCCCAGGACAGACGGCGUGCAACUGAGAGAAUGGGGGCAAAGCACCGAAAUAGCAAAUGGGCCAAGGCCACAAAAGUUAUGGGUCGGGCAGCAUGGGAUGAAGAUGCUCGAGAUGGAAUCACGGAAAUGGCACGAAGAGAGGAAGAGUUACGAAAGAGGGUGGAAGGGCGGGCGGUGAGAAAAGAGUUUGAAGAUGACUCGGACGAAUCAAUGGUUGAUUCUGAUGAUGGUUUGAGCGACGAUGAAGAAACGGAGCAGAAGCGACUACUUCGACGCCUGGAAAAGGUCGGGAAAGACAAUGUUAUCGAUGACUGCGCACCGGGUGCAAAACUGGCAAAUAUGAAAUUCAUGCGUAAUGCAGAGGAAUCGCGCAGAAAGGCAAAUGACGCUAUGGUGGAGGAAAUGCGGAAGGAGCUCGCAGGAGAGGAGAGCGCUAGUGAAGAGGAAGAAGACGGUGAUAUUGGCCGUAGAAUAUUUGGACCUGGGUCCAAAGCCAAAGAUGCUACGCCGAAACUACAAAAACUUAAUGAAUUCGAAGAAGCUGCAGACUCAGAGGAUGAGGAUGGAAAUAUGGAUGUAGAGUUCACAGGGGUUGAUAAUGGCCCGAAAAUAGCUGCGAGCGCACCAAAAGCAAAGAAGACUAAUGGCGCGAGCACAAGUUUUGGAAGUCCAUCUGCCGCGGAAUCAGAGGUAGCUACUGAAGGUGGAGCGUGGUCGAAGGUACCCCUCAAAUCUGGUAUGGUCAGCAAGAAAGAGGCAAACAAACGCAGACAUAAGAGCAACAACGCUAUGGAUGUCGAAGAGCUUGAUCUCUCACAAGCUGCUAUAAUGGCCAAGCAGCCCAAAUCAAAAAAGGCGACGUCCAAAACAGCCCAGAUACUCGAGGCUUCUGAUGAAGACAGUGAGGAUGAUGGUGUUAUUCACCUCCCAUUCGCUAUCAAAGAUCAAGAGCUUAUCAGGCGUGCUUUCGCUGGAGCUGAUGUUGUCGGUGAUUUUGAAGCCGAGAAAAAACAGACGAUUGAGGAUGAGGAUGAAAAAGUCAUCGAUAAUACCAUACCUGGCUGGGGAAGUUGGGUAGGAGACGGCGUGAGCAAAAGGGAGAAGGCAAAGAACAAAGGAAGAUUCCUCACCAAGUCCGAGGGUAUCAAGGAGCAAAACAGGAAAGAUGCAAAGCUUGACCGCGUUAUCAUAAAUGAGAAACGUGUCAAGAAGAAUGGCAAAUACUAUGCUUCACAACUACCUCAUCCUUUCGAGAACCGCCAGCAAUAUGAGCGUUCAUUACGAUUGCCAGUUGGUCCGGAAUGGGCCACUAAGGAGACUUUCCAGGACUCGACCAAGCCGAGAGUCAUGGUCAAGCAAGGCAUUAUUGCUCCUAUGUCAAGGCCUUUGUUUUAG